CAAGUUCAGCUUCCUGAACUGCGGGGAGCUUGGCGGGCGGUCGCUGCAAACCGGGCGUAGGCCGCAGAGGUCGCGAGUUCAGGCGUCCCGGCUCCCGUGUGACUGUCGUGAUGUUUUUCUCCCAGGCCGGGGCCCGGCCGCGGAUGUGGGAAGCCAGCCCGUCAGAACACAAGAAGUGGGUGGAAGUAUUUAAAGCAUGCGAUGAAGAAAACAAAGGCUAUCUAAGCAGAGAGGACUUUAAAGUUGCUGUUGUAAUGCUGUUUGGAUACAAGCCCUCCAAGAUAGAAGCUGAUGCUGUGAUGUCCUCAGUAGAUCCAAACACUUCCGGGAUAUUACUUAAGGAGUUUUUAGACAUUGUAAGGAAAAAGAAGGAAGCUCAACUAUAUCGGAAUGAAAUAAGACACAUCUUCACAGCUUUUGACAGGCACUAUCGUGGAUAUUUAACUCUGGAAGAUUUCAAAAAAGCAUUUAAGCAGGUGGCUCCCAAGUUAUCGGAAAGGAUUAUUCUCGAGGUAUUCAGAGGAAGGGGCGCAUGAACGUCAUAAUGCAGACCUGAGCGGAACAGCCCUGAGGAACACGAGAUAAGGGACUGACUGUGGGGUUACACUGUGACCGUGGGAGCUGGCGGCGAGGUCUCAAGGAGUCUCUGAGUCAUUCGCCUCUGCGUGUGAAAGUGGGCCUGAAGUUGCUGUAGGUCACAAGGCCGGAAAUUGGGAAGGAAACAUGGAUAUGACGACAGUGGUCUCAACCCCGGGGUGAUUUGCCCCCCAGGAGACAUUCAGCAAAGGCUAGAGACAGCUUGGGUUCUCACAACGGCCGUCGAGUGUCGCUACCGGCAUCUAGCGGGUAGAGGCCAGGGGUGCACAGGACACCCCACGAUGCACAGGACAGCCCCACACAACAAAGAAUCAUCUGGCUGAAAACAGCAUCAGUGCUGAGGCUGAGAAACCUCAAGGUUAAGGUAAAGAAACGCUGGGACCUGCGAGGCCGGCUGGAGCCCAUGUUUGUCUCCCACAGCGUCCAAGCUCCAUGCAGGGUGACCCACGGAAGCUGCUGGCGCCCUGUGCUGUGCAGCUAGGCUUGCACUUGGCCGAGGACUUGGAAAAUCUGAAAGAGGAGGCUGGGCAUUGGCUGAGAGGCUGCAGGCCGCUGCCCCCUGCAACAGGGGAGCAGCAGAAGAGCUGCGGCAAUGCGCGGUGCCCUGCACCGACCUUCAGAGUGCAAAGGCUGCUGCUUCACCGCCAUCUUCUGGACCUCACGCUCACGUCUCUCGUGGCCAAGCCCGGCGCGGAGCCACAUGGGGAGCGGCACGCUAGGAAAUGUAGUUCCCGCUUAGCUCAGUUGCCCUGGUAACGCACCUCGGAGGUGGACCCUGUGGAGCUCCGCUCACCAGCACUUUUCACUUAGGAUGCGGCUUUCCCCCACCUCACUCCCAACCUUGCAUGCACUUCAAGGAGACUUGGCAUUUCAACUGUUUUAAUCUGCAAACAGCUGGUGUGCUUUAGAUGGAGAGUUGUGCAUCCACAUCUGUCCUUUCCUUCAGGAACAGAGUCAUGGCUGGACACACAGCUGCCUGGAUGGACUACAUGUCCCAGAGGCCCCUGCAGGUGUAGCUGUGAUGUUAAGUACUGACCACAGGGCUCUGAGGGAGGUAGUUGUGCCAGCUCCCGAGCCGGGCCUUCAGACCCUGGCUGUGCACUCCUCCGCGUGCUCUACCCAUUUCCAGCUGGAACCCAGAGGUGGGGGCAGUCAGCUUCAACCGCGCAAGGACAAGAGCAGAGCAGCAAGACGGGAAGAUUCUGGAGGCUUUGCGGUCCAGAGAAUCUUUAAGCAUCCUUUUUCUUAAGGAGUUCUGAGUGAGCAGAUUAGUCACUUAGGUUGCAGAUAAGAGUCAACUCAAAUCCACUGAAGCAGCAAAACGAGUAUAUUUGCUCACGUAAUUGGGAAGUCUGGGGUAAGAAUUUCAGGCAUAGCUGGAUCUAGGGGUUCAAACGAUGUCAUUAGGGCUCUCCAUCUCUCAGUCUGGGCUUUCUGCAGAAGUCCAGGGAAGAUGGCCUUCAGAAAUUCCAGGCUUAAAAUCUCCUUAUAGCUCAUGACCCAGGAGAAGACAGGAGCUUCUCUCUUCCAACAUAUGUUUUUAAUUAUGCAGAACAAAUGCUGGAUGGUCCUGCUGGGAUCACAGGCUCACCCCUGAACUCAUUGCUCUGAACCCCAGAAGGAGAUUGGAAUGAAUCUGUAAAAUCACUACCUGCAACAGUUUACUUGAGAAGUUAACCAACAUUACCAGGAGUGAAUACAGCGCCGAAGAGGGGGUAAAGUCAGGAAAUAUAAGUUGGGGUUCAGAGGAUGGAAAAUCAUGCUCACUGGGGGGAAUUUGGAAAGGCUUCACAGCAGAGGUGGAGUUUGAACUGGGCCUUGAAAGACUUAGAGCUUAAAAAUGCAUAAAGAAGAAAAUACUGUGCUUUCUUUUCUGACCAUUUUCAAAGGCUCAGGCAAGCUCAGUAGCACUGUAGGAUGGAAAGGAUCCUGUUGUUUUUCUUUCCUCUGCCAUUGGUUCGGGAUGAGAAGUGCUUCCCUUUGAGCACUGAAUCCUUCCAGAGGUGGACAAACAUGGGGAAGAGUCUGGUUGCCAGGACACACAUCUCCAGCCCAGGCACUCUCAUGUAAAGCAAGAAGAAACGUCGUGCUUCUCUGUAACCUGAAGAAAGGAUGGUGAGUGUAAUUGGCAGUUCCCUUAAUCAGUCCAGAAGGGCUUGUUAUAUAAAUAAAUGAUUCAGAUAUGA